AUGGCUUCCUCUUCCCCCAAGCCAUCUAAACGCUAUAGCGUUCGAUCCAUUAGCUUGCCUGCUAGAUCUCAUCCGAGCACAUUAAGAGUUGAAGAACAGCUAAACAAGAUUAAAUCUUGGGAGGCUUCAUCGUCAAAAAGGGUAGAAACGUUAUGCCUUGGUCUAUCCCUGCUAGGUGAAUUGUAUAGAUGCAUCGAUGAUCUUCUGAAUUUGCCAUUGACCCAACAAGCUCUUGCCCAACAGCAACACCAGAAAUGGGUCAAUGACUUGCUUGAAGGUUCCUUGGGAUACUUGGAUGUGUGUGGCAAAACCAGGGAUGCUAUUCUCUCAAUGCAAGAAUCCAUUCGAGAACUUCAAUCAGCUCUUCGCCGAAAAAGGGUUGGAGACUUGAGUGUUGAAAGCAUUGUCACUUCUUAUACUUGUUCAAGAAGACUGAUGAAAAAGGAGAUUGUCAAGUCUCUAGCAUCCUUGAAGCCGAUAGAUCAUAACCAAUUCGGGGAUCUCCCCAUGUCAGAUCUAGAUGAUCCCCUCCCCGCAGUGGUCAGAGUGCUUGCAGAAACAAGCUUCAGUACUAUUUCAAUCUUUCACUCGCUGUUGUUAUUCCUUUCGGUGCCAGUGUUGAAACCAAAGCCUAGCAGUAGCAGGUGGUCAUUGGUUUUCAAACAAUUGCAGAAAGGUGUACUUGCAGGCAAAGACCAACAGGCCGGAAACAUGCAGAAUGAGUUGGAGAGGGUGGAUACAGCAGUUGGCAACCUCUUGAUGCACAAUUCAAGCGAAGAUACGGAGGCACAAAGGAUACAAUCUGCACAGAUUAGGUUGGGUGCUUUGGAUGUUAGCAUGGAAGGCCUUGAGAAAGGUUUGGAAUGCUUGUUUAGGCGCUUGAUCCAAGCAAGAGUAUUGAUCCUAAAUAUAAUUUCUAACUAG